GAAGAAGAGGAAAAAGUAGAAGAAGCGGACGGGAGGAGAACAAAAAUUGAGAAAAGCAUUUACAAGCUAAUUCAGCCACGUGGCUGUAUUCGAUUUCAAAAUACUUAAAGAGUCCAGUUAUCUUGAAGUUCACAUCAUCAAACCAGAUGUCUACUCUAAAGUCAAAUCUAAGCAGGAGCCAGCAGAGAACAAUCUGCUCUCAGCUGGGAACUGUCAAACUCAAGCUGCUCUACAAAGCCUCUGAACAUGGCUUUACUGGAGCUGCCUUCCACCAACGAUGUGACAACCACAGUCCCACUGUGUCUGUGGGCUACAACGUCUCUGGUCAUGUGUUUGGAGGCUACACCGCACAACCUUUCAGUCAGACUGGACAUUAUGUGAACGAUGACCAGGCCUUUCUUUUCACCUUCAGUGGAGAUCAACUCCUCAAAUAUCAUGUUGCUAGUGCUACACAUGCAGUUAGAAUGAUCAGAAACUCUGGUCCUUAUUUUGGGGAAGCCCUGGUUCUUGUCAAUGGAAGCACACCGGUGGUCUACAGUAACCCAGGAGCUCAUUACAACUUCAAUGCAGCAGAAAUGCAUGGAAAUGACCUGAACCUGACUGAGUGUGAAGUCUACAGGGUGGAAGCAACCACUGAACUUGAGAGGCCAUGGAGGACUGUGAUCUGGGACUCAUAUGAGAAGAGGACUGAGCUGAUGGAGACCAUCAGAACCUACAAACCCAUAGCCAGGUCUGUGUCCCAGAUWCGGGUUUUAAUGAUCGGACCAGUUGGAGCUGGAAAGUCCAGCUUCUUUAACUCCAUCAACUCUGUAUUCAGAGGCCACGUCACCAGCCAUGCCAUAUCUGGCAGCUCCACCACCAGCCUCACCACACAGUUUAGAACUUAUACUCUGAAAGAUGGACGAGAACGCAAACCUCUGCCAAUCAUCCUGUGUGACACCAUGGGAUUGGAGGAAAGCAAAGGGGCGGGGCUUGACAUAGAUGACAUCAGCAGCAUCCUUACAGGGCACCUGCCUGACCUUUACCGGUUCAACCCUGCUGUUCCUCUGCAUUCGGAAGCUCACAACUAUCAGAAGUCUCCAGGUCUCAAGGACAAGAUCCACUGUGUGGUUUAUGUCAUAGAUGCCUGCAAGAUCUCCAUUAUGCCCUCAAAGCUGGAGGAGAAGCUGGAAGCUAUCCGCAGGAAGGUCAACCUUCUGGGGAUUCUUCAGCUUGUUCUGCUCACUAAAGUAGACGAGGCGUGUCCUUCGGUGAAAGAGGAUUUGAGGAACAUCUACAAGAGUGGAUACAUCAAGGAAAUCACACAGGAGGUCAGCGCCAGGCUGGGUGUGCCGCAGUACUGCGUUCUUCCAGUGAAGAACUACAGCGAAGAGCUGGAGCUGGACAUCAACUGUGACAUCCUGCUGCUCAGCGCCGUCAUUCAGAUGCUUCGCUUUGCUGAAAAUUACUUUGAGGAGCUCAGCGACCGAAUGAGCAGCAAUGAAACCAAGGAUUAGGUCUGCAACUGCUGUUUUACUGACCAUUCAGUCAAGCAUGAUAAGAGUUAAAUGUUUGUAGUUAUCUACUUUUAAAGUGCCUGUGACAUCAUUUUUUUGUAAUAAAAAUGAAUGUAUUUUUGGAAGGAUAA